UCAAGAUGGCCGGCGGAAGAGACACAGGAAGCGCAGUUCAGAGACAAAUUCAGCAGGACUGGGCCAACAGAGAGUACAUAGAAGUCAUCACCGCUAGUAUAAAGAAGAUAACAGACUUUCUGAACGCGUUUGACAUGUCCUGCCGAUCCAGGCUUGCCAUGCUGAAUGAGAAACUCACAUCCCUGGAGAGACGUAUCGAGUAUAUCGAAGCCCGGGUCACAAAGGGAGAGACACUGACAUAAGGAUCAGUCAAGUACUGAAGGGACAGUGGAAGGGAUCAUUGUGACAAGUAAAACCUAACAUACAAAAGGACUGGAACUGAAAGAAACAACUGAAAAAGAAGAGAACUUGUAGAGGUGUUGAACACUUGAUGAGACAGAAGCAUUCAGUGUAAGGUAUCAAAGUGUAUGUUACAACUUACAUGUUGUGAGUGCUACCAAAUUUCUUUUUGGUUUGUAUAUUUUUAGUAAUGAUAAAGGUCUUCCUUGAUUAAGCAAUAAGUGUAUAUAUAUUAUUAGUGAACAGGUGAAAGUAUGGAAGGGGUGUUACCAGCCGAUCUUCUUGCUGUAGCAAGCGACAUUUCAAGCGACGAGGUUGCAUCAGACACAAGCAGCGAGUCCUCUGACUCCGAGAGUAGGCGGGAUGAACCAACCAAUGAGAAAACAGCUGACAAAGUUCGCUCAGAGAGGUGGAAGAAGUUUAACAAAAUCGACAGCGAGAGGGUGGCCGUGGUGAAGAGAAUGAAGCGACGGCGCGGCGGAAGACGUCACAGAAAGCGACGGAAGAUCGCCACGCCUCCUGGCGACGCGCAGACGUAUAACAGCGUACCGCCUCCGACCUGCGAAGACAAGCCCGACCCGUUAGACCACCUGAAGCCGUACAUGGACCUCCCCAAACCUCCGCAGAGUAGCGGGGCCACGCCGGCGCCAAAGAGUGGCCUGGAAGAACAGAUGGAGAAGGCGAUUGCGGAAGGGAAGGUCGGAGAAGCAGAAGAACUGAACGAGAAACUGGCGGAACGGGAGAUGGCCGUACGUAUCACGGAGGCCGUACGGGCGCGAGAGUGGAAGGAAGAUAAGGACGUCGACGUCAAGAAACGCGGCCACAAGAAGAAGAAACAGCUGGGUUGGAUGUUCCAAGCCAAACAGAGAUGGGAGACCAAGGGUGCCAUGUAGUCCUGUACACAGCUUGGUUAUGUCUUAUGUUAACAUUGUGAAGUGGUUACUUAUAUACAACUAUUGGUGAAGUAUAUACAUGUAAUUGAAUAUGAUAAAUUUGUACAAUGGUGUGUUUAGUGAAUAAACCCAUUAUAAACGUC